AUGGCGCACAUUCCAAGCAAAGCCGUUAUCCUGGUCUACUCCGGUGAUCACGUAUCAGAGGACCCUCCGCACCUGCACGCAAAAGUCGCCUUGGUUAAUAGACCUCAGCCAAUCAUACGACCAUUCUCUCGCAACUUCAUCUGGAAAGUCAAGAAUGCUCUCCUGCACCGAUGCUUCAUUCUUCGCCAUCGAAAUGCCAGUGGCUGUCCGAUCAACAUGCCCUGUCGUCACUGGGAACUGCUGAAGAUGACGGACUGGUUCCUGAAUGAAGAAAAGGAUAUCGUCGACCUGGUCUCUAGUCCAGGUGUUAUUCUAGCUAAAUAA